GGUUGGCUGUUUCUGGCUUCUACCAACUCUGUGGGACACAAUCAAGCAAGUUGCGACCCCCUUUCAAGAGCCCACUUGAGACAUCCACUUCCCCGACGCUGAUCAAUGCCGUCCCUCCAGCAGUAGAUAGUCCAGAUCUCACUUGCUCCAUCUUCCCAGUCGCAAUUCUCUGGAAUGAGACAGUUCCAAUCCCGGCAUUCUUUGACUCUGGGAUUUCGCGUCCACAGAGCUAUCGACCUAGCUCGUGCCGGGCUUUGAUUCCGUCGGCGACCAUUCCGUGCUGGUUUCGCUGCAUAACUAACUGUCAAGCACGCGACCCUAUCAGGUUCUUGAUCCCUGGCGAACUUAGAUCUAUCCCCUCAUUCCCCUGGCUCAAGGGUGAAUUGACUUCGUGCCUUAUUACGGGACGGUCCCCGACCGAAGUAAAGGUUGACAGAACCGUUUGGAGUCGCAAGCCAUGCCAGAAUAAUGGUCGAUCAGAGACCAGACUCGUCAGCUUCCGCCAUGCGGCCCGUUGACUCGAGCGUGCGCGCCAUCGCGUUCGAUGACACUGUCGCAGCGAAGGCACCUGUCCAGAUCAAGUCCGUUUCGUCCCCUACGCCGGUCGACCAACCUCCCGACCGAAAACUAUCGUGCACCAGUACACCAUCGUCAGACGGCCGUUCUGUGAGACCCGCGUGCGAAUCGGAUCAUGCUGAGAGGCAGGAUUCUGGCAUUGCGACCAUGUAUGCGUUGAAGGAACUGAGGCCUAUUCGAACGGCGGAUAGUCAGUCUGCGCAGAGCCUCAAAUCGCCCAGGAGUGUUCCCAGUAUUGUCGUGGAUGAACAAAGCGGCCGUCCCAGCUCGCACUGGUCAGAGCGGAGGUGGGCUGGUCUGAGGGGCAGAAAGUCGUCUACUGAUUCAGAUGCGAAAACGGCUCCACCGCCUACGCCUCCAGUUGAAGCACCAUUUCGUGGAAUAACGCUGAGUAUCCCAACCGGCUCCUUCGAAGACCUUUCAGUACCAGGUCUGGAGUUUUCAAAGCGUGGCAGCAUUGUCAGCAACGUCAGCAACGACAAUCGAGAGGAGAAACCUUCAACAUCCUCAGAGAAUAAACCAAUGACGUCCUCAGGUCUGAGCGACUCGGCAGUCAACGUGCGCAGGACAGACAAGACAGACAACAGGACAGACACUAGGCGCAUGAGAUCUUCUCACUCGCUCCGGUUGCGGCCAACAAGUAGCGCGUCACGGGCAAUCUCCGCAGACGAGGACUUGUUAUCGCGCCGCGUUCGACUGAUGUAUGAGAAGGGAGAAGAAGAUGUCUCUGACGCGGAGGUCUCCAAGGCGAUGGCUAUUGAGAAUGGAGUGCUGUGGGAGGAGAGCACACCUACUGAAGGGGGAACAGACGUCGGGUCGGAUGCUAAUGUGUCUACGGAUAUGAAGAGCGUUACUUCGGUCGGGCACACCAAUGGGUCUAUAAAACGAGAGGCAUAUGAACUGGCUGGAGGUAUCGAGGACUGGCAUGAUAUACGGGCGGGGGAGGUCGACCGUUAUGGGUUUAUUAUCCCGCGGUGCAACGCUCAUUCUGGGGAGUGUGCAGCAGAACCCCAUAUCCAACGUGUAUCCACGAGUCUCCUACUUGCUUCUGAAACACCCCGUCGAAAACACACUGUGAGACGCGCCCCUUCGACCAUCGCCAGCAAUCGUUCCUUCUCAGGGCGUUCCCCUGCUCGAAAAAUGUCAGACGUUUCUAAUCGCCCAACAUCUUCACAAAGCGCGUAUUCAUCGCUACAUCGGUCAGCAUCUCGAUUUCGAUAUGCGACCAACCGCCUACCACACAACAGAGACCGCAGGCUGAGAGACGAGGCUGCCGAUAUGCUCACGCUUCCCUUUGAACCCGUCGCAACGAGCGAUGAAGUGGACACUCCUGCAUCUCGUGCCAUGAGAAGAAAGGAAUGGGAACGAGAGGAGAAGUGGACAAAGAUGGCUAAGCCUACGAAGACGAACCCAGAUGGUGGUGGCAUGACAUUCGAAUUCGACACCAAGAGCUCGAAACUCAUGGAGCGGACAUGGAAGGGAAUACCUGACCGAUGGCGAGCGACAGCCUGGUAUUCAUUCCUUGCCACGAGUGCAAAGAAAAGGGACGAUAGCCCCACCGAGGAAGAGCUAAUGCAAGCUUUCCAUGACUUCCAACAUAUGUCUUCAGCCGAUGACGUUCAAAUCGAUAUCGAUGUCCCUCGCACUAUCAGUAGCCACAUCAUGUUUCGAAGACGCUACCGCGGCGGGCAAAGAUUGUUGUUUCGAGUACUUCACGCAAUGUCAUUGUAUUUCCCUGAGACAGGAUACGUACAAGGUAUGGCCGCACUAGCGGCUACCCUGCUUUCCUAUUUCGACGAAGAGCACGCGUUCAUCAUGCUUGUUCGGCUGUGGCAGCUGCGAGGCUUAGAUCGCCUAUAUAGAUCUGGGUUUGCUGGAUUGAUGGAAGCUUUGGAUGAUUUCGAAAAAGAUUGGCUUGCAGGUGGUGAGGUAGCCGCCAAGUUGAACGAACUGGGCAUCCCACCAACCGCAUACGGGACGCGUUGGUACCUCACGCUGUUCAAUUAUUCCAUCCCUUUCCCAGCACAACUGCGCGUCUGGGAUGUCUUCAUGCUUCUAGGAGACUCUGACAUUCCUGCGUCGUCUCAGCCGCCUUUGAGCUCCGCUGAUGGCCAUGGCAGUCAACCUGCAGCAAGCCCGUUCGGAAGAAGUCUGGACGUCUUGCACGCAACGUCGGCUGCUCUCAUUGAUGGCAUGCGCGAGAUUAUUCUCGAGUCCGAUUUCGAAAAUGCUAUGAAGGUCCUCACGAGCUGGGUACCCGUAAAGGACAUUGAGCUUUUUAUGCGUGUGGCGAAAGCUGAAUGGAAAGUACACCGGAAGAAGGCCGCUUGAAUAGCGCAUUAGCCCCAGCGCGGCCCGCAGGUGGCUUGAUGUUUGAAUCUGCGGUCCCAGGCACCUUUUCC